CUUUUCCACUGAGAUGCAGUGCCUUAGACCGCUAAUCCAUUUGGCAUGAGGUAGGACUAAAUAGAUUUAAAUAGUGGAGUAGGGUGGUAUUAUUAUUACUUUUUUUGUUUAUUGUAGUGUUAUGGUAGGGUAUGUGUUUAUUUAUUUGUCAAGCAAAGUAUAUAGUAGGUGGCGGUAAUGCAACAUAUUGAAUGCCAGCCGCCGUGAAACCUCCUCGAAGAAGUAAUGAGAUGGACGUCAGCAGUCACAAGACCACCACAGAUCACUCUGGCUCACUCCCCCAAUCGCAGAUGUGUAUAAUGUGGGCUGUUCUACAGGCCCGAUGGCUAUGACAAACUUGGAACAUCUCUUGGGAUCUGGAUGUGUGAUCUCCGUCGAAUUACGGCGCUGUUGUCACAAAAUUUGCAAGAACUCUUCAGACUAAAGAAUACACGUCUCGUCUGGGGGCGUUAACACGUCUGCUUGCCCGCGUCUUUGUCUGUGCGUGGCUAAUGUUAUUGUCAGGCUAUCUAGCUGACUAGUCCAAGCAUCACAGUAGAAAGCUAGCAAGUCAAUAUUGUGUGGUUAUAUCGGCGCUAAACUAGCUAGCUUGGCGCUUUAGUAGGAGCUGGUGUGUAUGUGAUGUUCUCCGUACUUUCGUACGGUAGACUUGUUACCAGAGCUGUUAUUGGCGGACUCUCUCAAACAGAUAGCCGUGACUACAGCCUGGUAACGGCAAGAUGCGGUUUUGAGAAGGAUUUUCGAAAAGGUAUCUUGAAGAAAGGGAUGUGCUACGGCGACGACGCUUGCUUUAUUGCUCGACAUAGAUCUGCCGAUGUUUUGGGCGUUGCAGAUGGAGUGGGGGGUUGGAGAGACUACGGGGUGGACCCAUCACAGUUUUCAGGGACACUGAUGAAGACGUGUGAGCGGCUGGUAAAGGAGGGACGCUUUGUUCCAAGCAACCCUGUGGGCGUCCUCACAAGCAGCUACUACGAGCUCCUACAGAACAAAGUGCCUCUGCUAGGCAGCAGCACGGCCUGUAUCGUGGUGCUGGACCGGCGGAGUCACAGGCUGCACACAGCCAACCUGGGAGACUCUGGCUUCCUGGUGGUGCGGGGAGGAGAGGUAGUGCACCGCUCCGAUGAACAGCAGCAUUACUUCAACACCCCCUUCCAGCUCUCUAUCGCCCCGCCUGAGGCAGAGGGGGCUGUCCUAAGUGACAGUCCUGAUGCUGCAGACAGCUCCUCCUUUGACGUCCAGUUGGGGGACAUCAUUCUCACAGCCACAGAUGGCCUCUUCGACAACAUGCCCGAACACAUGAUCCUACAGGAGCUGAAAAAACUCAAGAAAACCAACUAUGAGAGUAUCCAGCAGACAGCCAGGAGCAUUGCAGAGCAGGCCCAUGUUCUGGCAUACGACCCCAACUACAUGUCACCUUUUGCGCAGUUUGCCUGUGACAAUGGACUGAAUGUAAGAGGAGGAAAGCCAGAUGACAUCACUGUGUUGCUGUCAAUAGUGGCAGAGUACACAGACUAGAGACUGUAUGGAGGCUAGGAAGGGAAUUAGGAGUUUCCUCUUGAAGAUGUCAGACUGCUUUGGUUCCUGCUGGCGGGGAUUAAGGACUGAUGUUGGUGGCUGAGCUGCCCUCCUGAGACCAUCAUUCCUCCAGGAUACAAUCAGGCCCAUCUCUCAGAUGGAACACUGACCAUACAUGCACUGACUUCACCAUCAGAACUGAGUGUUAAUCUUUAAUAGCCUGAAGACAUGGAUGAAUAAAGCAGAGGGUUGUCUGACACAUCUGCUAGGCUACCUGCUGCAAAGUAUCUAUCUUGGAAAGGAUCUAGUUGUCUUUGACCUAAUCCCUGUUCAGUGGGAUAAAGGAUGUAGUCGUGUUGAAGAUGAAGCUCUGGCUCUCACAUGAGGAAUAAGUCUGUUAUUUUGGGAUUUGGGCUGUAAAACAAAGCCCAGAAGGUAGAGAUUAAGAAACGGGGUCAGUAGUAGCCAGUCAAAAGUUGAUUGAGUCAGGAAUGAAAAUCUAUGGAUCGUACAUGUGAGUAUUCCGUCACAGGAGCUGAGCUGAUUGAAGACAGUAAGUAACGUCAGAAUACUAUACUGAAAGAGAGUGGCUCUCCAGUUAGACUGGUCCGUGACUCGCUGACACCUGUCCUGGUCAGAGGAAUAAGGCAACCUCAGAGUUAUCUACAAUAGAGAACUUUAGCUCCAGAGGACAUAUGAGAUGGAUGUGGUUCUGUACAGAGAGAUGAAUGAAUAUACUGUACAUAAUAAACAUUGCAUGAGAAUAAAGGAGUAAUAGCACAAGCAAUAAUAAUAUUGACUGUAUAAGGAGAUGGUGACAUAAGCAAAGGACUUGUAUAACACACAGCAUCAACUACUAUUAACAACAAGCAAUAGUAACAACCAACAGUAAAUCUUCAAGGUUCAAUAUCAUCACUCUUGUCCACUUGGAGAGACUGAGGAGGCUCUGACCUGAGCAGGCAGGACUGUCAGGUGUCCUGCCCUCUAGCAACAUAUUGGUGAUCUAGUAGCAGAGGUCACUGGGUUUGGGGAUCCCUUAGUCUCUCUGGCACCAGCAGGGAUUGGUAGAGUGAGCUGCAUAAAGUUAUAACUCACAGGCAGGAGAAUCUGUAAGAUAUACCAUUAAGUCUGAAUAAUAAGGCUACGAAAAACAUCACUUUCAGUGACUCAGAUUAAACAAAAUCCUAUUAAUAAAACAUAUUGAAGGGCAAACAUUUUUAUGCAGGCAUAAGGGCAUGUGUCUAUGUGAUGUGAAUGAAUGUUGAAAUGUUUUGGUAGAUUUUUGAACAAGGGACUGUGAUAUUUUAAGUAGUUUGGCUGAUCUAAUGGGUUGUAUGAAGACCAGGUGCCGUUGCUGCAUACUUUGCCAUAUCAGUUUCUGACCGUUCACUGGAAGUGCUACUUUGUCCCAGACCUGCUGUUUUUGACUCUUUCUCUCUCACUCUCAACCUCAUGCUCUGCUAUGAAAAGCCAACUGAUAUUUACUCCCGAGGUGUUAUCCUGUUGCACCCUCUAUAACCACUUCGGUUAUCUGACUCUGCUGGUCAUCUAUGACCGUUUAAAUGUCUUUAAGAACGAUUUGGCCUUAAUGGCCAUGUACUGUUAUAAUCGCCACCCGGCAGAGCCUGGUUCCUCUAGGUGGUUCCUGCCUUUUUAGGGGGUCUUUCCUAGCCACUGUGCUUCUACAUCUGCAUUGCUUGCUCUUUGGGGUUUUAGGCUGGGAAUCUGUAUAGCACUUUGAUGACUGCUCUUGCAAAAUGGGCUUUAUAAAAUACAUUUGAGUGCAAUUUGAGUUGUACAUAGACCAAGUUAAUUGUUUCUAAGGAUGGGACAUUUUGACUUGAUGUUUCUGUUAAACCUGUCCUCACUCCUGCAGUGAUGCGAGGGGUGUGAGUGUAACUGCAAGUGAUGUGGAAGGUUAUGUGUGAUAGAGUAACCUCUAGCCUGUCUGUUUUAUAUUGUAUACAUGUGGAAUGGAUGUUUUUUGUAUCUAUGCUACACAGCUUUCUUCAGUAUCCACUGGGAUGCAAUGGUAAUGACCAUUUACGCACAAGGUUAAAGAAAGCAUAUCUGUAAGAUCACAGUUGAUAUUGGUCAGGUGACCAUGUUAGUUGGGAAUCUGGACUGCACACAGCUUCAAUUUAGCUUUAGGCAUAAUUGUUCACAAUCAGCAUUUCCUUGUCUCAUCAGUUGUAAAGCUCCAAUAGCACAUUUCAUUAAGUCAUCAUUUUAUUUUACUAGGCAAGUCAGUUAAGAACAAAUUCUUAUUUUCAAUGACAGCCUAGGAACAGUGUGUUAACUGCCUUGUUCAGGGGCAGAAUGACAGAUUUUGUACCAUGUCAGCUCGGGGAUUCAUUCUUGCAACCUUUCGGUUACUGGCCCAAUGCUCUAACCACUAGGCUACCUGCCGCCCCAUAAUAAUCAGGUCACUUUUAUUUCAUCUUUAAUUGCAGGUUUUCAUUUUCAUUGUUGCUGCAGACAAAUGCACUAUGCAUUUACAACAUUACUUGUGUGCAGCAACAUUUUAAGAGUAAACAUGUACUAUGCACAUGUUCAUUUAAACAGCUAAUGAACACAGAGCAGAAACUGAAGCCAUAUGAUUCACACUUUUCCCAUCCAUGCCCUGCUGUCUAACAAUUAAUUUACGCCAUCUGAUCCCCUUUCACCAUGGGACAUAUUUGAAUGAACAAGCAAUUUUUUUUAUUUUUAAGGGUUGAAAAAGCAUGACAUCUUUAGAAUCCUUAAUAUUCUGUGUAUCAUCUGUAGUACCCUUGGUGUUCUUCUUGUUGAUGUAAUGGUGCACCCUCACUGAAGGCUACUGUCCUGCUUCAAGGGCUCUCCCCUAACUAGGAAAAUAAUAUUGAUUCUGGUACAGACUGGCUAUCAGGUGUUUCAUCAUAAAAAUAAAAAAACGAAAGCAUUUAACAAUACCCUGCAUACCUUUUCAAAUGCGCAGGGAGUUGAAAGGCAUCUGCACUGGAUGACACAAAUGUUUUUGUAAGCAUUAUGGCACUAGAGGUUGCCGAUAACCUCAUCAACCUUAAAGUACAAGCAAAACCUCCCUGUCAGAUGGCACUAUUAUCAAAGCUAGCUUCCCCAUUAUGUCCAUGUCCGGCUCUCCACUGGCCUAGUGACCUGACCAGACAGUUUUGUUCUGUUGGCCAAUUCUAGACUUCAGUUCAAAAAGCAAAGUUUGUUACAAUGAGAGCUGCUUGUAUCUUUAUUUUGAUUGUGCAGGUUCUAAACAUGUUUUCAAAGCUGUCAUAUUUAAAUAAAGAGUAUAGUAUUUAUUA